AUGUACCCUGCACCCCUGACACAUGACCUGAGCCUGGGCCUCAGUUGCCCCAUCUACCUAAUGGAGCUCAUCCAGCCUGGUAGCUCCCUGAAGACCUCCCAGCCUCUUAGGCUGUCUCCCUCCUUUGCAGAGAAGAACUGCUCCUACUUCAGGCAUUUUAACCCAGGCGAGAGUUCGGAGAUCUUCGAAUUCACCACGCAGAAGGAGUUCAGCAUCUCAGCAGCUGCCAUUGCCAUCUUCAGCCUCGGCUUCGUCAUCUUGGGCACUGUCUGUGUCCUCCUGUCCUUCAGGAAGAAGAGGGAUUACCUGCUGAGGCCCGCCUCCAUGUUCUACGCCUUUGCAGGUCUCUGCAUCUUCGUCUCGGUGGAGGUCAUGCGGCAGUCGGUGAAGCGCAUGAUUGACAGCGAGGACACCGUCUGGAUCCACUACUAUUACUCCUGGUCCUUCGCCUGCGCCUGCGCCGCCUUCAUCCUCCUCUUCCUCGGCGGCCUGGCCCUCCUGCUCUUCUCCCUGCCUCGAAUGCCCCAGAACCCCUGGGAGUCCUGCAUGGACGCCGAGCCCGAGCACUAG